AUGGGUACUGUGGUGGGGAUAUGCGUUGGCGUGCUACGGGUAUUACAGGGUAGCUGCACUAGGCACAGGGGCAACCUUAUGACGGCUGCAGGGCAUGCUGUGAGGGCGUGCGUGGUGAUGGUGCGAGGACGCCUAGCACAGCGGCGCAUGGGUGCAGAGGUGGCUCCCAAAGGUUGCGGUCUCCACCGGCGGACCGUCCUCACUGUGCAGCCGGAGGUGCGUAUUGCGUCCUACAGGAAAUGUGAACGAGUACGCCGCGCCUGCGUUCAGUUGCUUGCGCUGAUGGGUAUCGCUGGUUUGCCUACAGCCAGCUGUGCACAAAAAUUUCAGAAAUCUCGCUCGUGGUCGCAGGGCUUACAGCAGCGGUGGCAGGCGGAGUGUGCUGGUUGGGUGGACGGACUUAGCGGCAAACCUCCGCAAUAUGGGUCGGCGUGUCCGUGUGCGUUUGCCAUUGCGUCUACGCCCAACAAGCAAGCUGGGGAAGGUGUGCCACUUGCUACAGCAGAACGUCGACCUGUAGCAGAGAUGUGUUUUUGCAUUCGUCCGGUUGUUGAAGGGGAACAGCAGGGAGAAGGACUGCCACUUGCGGCAGCAGGAUGUGGAGCUGUCGUGGAGAUAUGCUUCCGUGAGCGUGAGGUUGCUGCAACAUUGCAGUGCGCAGGCGCAGGAGCAACCGUGUGA